UAUAAAAAGUAUUUUUAAAGUAUAUUUUAGAAUGAAUACAUGACAAAUAUAAAUAAAUAUAAGAAGAAUGAUAAGAACACCUUACAAGAUGUCAAAUAACAUAGUAAUAUCAAAUUCUAGAAACUGGGAAGAUCUUCGCAAACAAGCAAGACAAAUCGAAAAUGAACUAGAUAUGAAAUUAGUAUCUUUUAGCAAACUGGGAACUGGGCAAUUAAAGGAAUUUCAGCGAUCUGAGGAAAAAGAAUCUUUAUUAGGUUCUAAUAGUAAUAGAAUGUUUGAUACAAUGUCACUUGAAAUCGAAAGAUUAUUAUUACAGCUUACAGAAAUUAAUGAUGAUAUGAGCAGUUAUCUAUCAAAUAUGUCAAUUGGUGAAACAAAUGGUGCUCAGCUGCAUACAAUGCAAAGACAUCGAGACAUUUUGCAAGAUUAUUCUCAUGAAUUUAUUAAAACAAAAGCUAAUAUUAAAGCUAGUAAAGAUAGAGAAGAUUUACUUGGCUCUGUUAAAAAAGAUAUUUCUGAAUAUAAGAGUGGUUUGAGUAGGCGAACUGAUUUGUAUUUGAAAGAAAAUGAUCAUAUAAGAAAUUCUGACAGGUUAGCUGAUGAAGCAAUUGAUAUUGCCAUGUCCACUAAGGAAAACCUUGCUUCUCAAAGAAAAAUGUUUCACUCAAUGUCAAAUCGCAUUCUCAGCUUGGGAAAUCGUUUUCCACAAAUUAAUAGCUUGUUUCAGAAAAUAAACAUGCGUAAAAAAAGAGAUACCAUUAUUAUUGCUAUUGUUUUUUCUGUUUGUCUGAUUAUUCUAUUGCUGUAUUCCUUUCGUUAAAUUUGGCAUAUAUGGUGAAUUUAUUUUAUAUUUUGGAUUUUUAAUGUAUUGCUCCUUAACUUGUUUAACCAAUCUGCUAACAUUCAAUCAACUUCAACAAAAUAAAUAUUCUCUUUUAUUUAUUUUCUUACAUUUUCUUUAAUUUUACCUUAUUAAAACAAAUAGUUUCGAAAUAAAAAGUUUUAUAUGAUUAGUUUUGCUACUGUUUUUUAAAAAUUUGUGUCAAGAUUGGAUCUCACACUACACGAUGAUGCUGCUGCGUUUUUUAUUGGAUAAAAGUUACCAGAACAUUUAAACUAUUAACAAAUUCUGGAAUAUUUAUCAACAAAGAAUUGUGGGAUCUUAAUAAAAAUAAAGUUUUUAUUUAAACAGUUUGCAUAAUGUGUUAUGUAAAGAGUAAACAGUUUGAUGACAUGUCUUGCAAAUAAGAGCUAUUAAUCAUUUGACAUUUGUUAUUCUAUAAUGUUUUAUAUUUUUUUGUGUUUUCUGAUGAAAGCAAAAAAUUUUAACUACGAAUAAAAUAAUUUUUUUUUAGUUAUUUAAUUGUUAUCAUAAUUAUUAAAAUUUUAUCAUUGAUUUUUAUCAAAAAAAAAACAUGGUUAAAAAACAAAAGAAAAAUAAAUCACCAAGAAAGAAAAAAGAAAAAGUGUAGGUUUUAAAGUUCUUUAAGUUAAACAACUAUAUAAAAUAGCAAAUAUAGAUGAGAUCACUCUUUUCUCCUUUUCUGUUAAUAAGAAUUUUUUCUGCCUAAUUUUUUAGCUUUUUUUUUUUUUUUUUCUAUAUGUAUUUUUGUUACCUUUUUUUUAAACAUUUUAGCAUUUAUUAUAUGUCCUUGCAAACAAUUUGAGUGAAUUCAACAAAAUUUAAAAAAAUAAUAAAAGUUCUUUA